UUUGUCGUCGGCUCCGAGGGUCAGUAUCAGGCCUCCCUGCGCUGGAUCGCAAGGAGGACAGAAGCCUUAAUGAAACACUUGCAGAGCAACAACGUGAAGCUGUUACUGUCGAGCGUGAAGCAAGACGAACUAGUUAUCUACUAUGCAAAAUUAUACGGUGUGUCCGUGGUAGAGUGCUUGUCGUCGGAAGAAAUGGCCCUUAUCUGUGAAAUCACAGGGGUUUUGCCUUACGCGCCUUGUGGUGAUAACAUAGACGGAGAAAUCACUGAAACUGCAGUGGCAACGUUUUGCCAGCCCUUGCUGCUCGGCUCAGAGAGAUGCGUUCACAUUGGCCUCACCAGUGUGUGCGCCUUUCAGCCCCAUUGCCUAGUUCUUUGUGGGCCGGUCAGUGGUGUUAAUGAGCAACACGCUGCGGCUUUACAAGGGGCAUUUACAAUGCUGCAGCAGCUGUUUAAAACAGUUGAUCAGAGGGAGGAACGCAGAGAAGGUGAAAGGCAGAAUGAAGCCUCGUAUGUUUGCAGUUGGCAUUCUUCAGCUACUCAGAAGCAACUCGUAAUAGAAAAUAUUUCUUGUAAUAGCAAUGAGGUUUCUGAACAUCAACGGAAAGCAAGUGGGGAUGAAACAGAGACACAAAUUGUAGACCCUGAUGUGCAGGGAAGUGAAAAUCCGGCAUGUGUGCAAACAGACUUGCAAAUAUCCUGGAAUCCCAUCUCGCACAUCAAAGAAUUCAAUGUUGCCGCUGAAGGAGACGGCUCAUCAAGACACAUACAGAAACUACAUGCAAAAUGUGAGCAUCCGGGUGACAUGCACAAAAACUAUAAAAGCGAUUCACUUGUGGACAAUCAAAAGAACUACGGGACUGCUGUGUUAGCACCAUGUAAUGCUAAUGCAGUCGCUGUGUGUGAAUGCCUAGAUAUUGGCAAAGAUCUAGAGGAAACGAGUUGCAAUAUAGUUCCAUUUAAACAUGAAAAGAGUUGUGUAAGUAUUGCACAGACUUACUCCAACUCCCUCAUAGCAGCAGGAUCAGUUUUGCCAGUAGGAGGUUACUUUGAAAUCCUGUUACAUUAUUAUAUUCAGUACUAUGCAAAACAGUUUCAGCAGCCAGAGGUAUCUGUCGUAUCUGAUGUAGUUGCUGAUGCUUUGCUAAGUAUUCCCAAGUCCUUGUACAGGACAACAGAACGAAACAGCUUUACCGAAUUCUAUCUCAAAGCCAUAAAUUCGCUGAGAAAAAAUCAACCAUUGCCUAUGCAAGAGAAAGGCUUAGAAUCGGUGUAUUGCAAAUACCAGUUAGUCAUUUCAGUUCUUCAUUGUGUUACAGAGCUGCUCUCCAUAGAUUUAAUCAUUGGUAUUAAGCGGCCGCUGCAAAAAAUCGAGGAUUAUGAUUCAGAAGAUGACUUCUGA